CCUAACUCAUUACAAGAGCACAGUUAAAGCCCAGUUACCAGUACCUGAACAUGUGAGAAGAGUGUAGAGGCCAUAGUAUGUAGGCCAAACCACUUACUCAGUCCACUUGGAAAAACGUGCAUUUGUUUUUUUUAAAACAACGUUGUAUUUAUAUAAAGUGCAGCCUCCCUCUCUUCGCUAAUAGCUAACUAGAACAGCUAAGUGUUCUAGCUAGCCAAGAAGUGGGAAAUCACGGGCAGUAGCGCGUGCCCAUUGGGUCUGACUGGCGAAAUGAGGCCCCUGCUUUAUUCUAGGACGGUUGGAAGAGGCUGACGAGCUCACUACAAUAGGUAUUUAGCUAGUUACUUGGAACAGCAACCACAGGCUGCCUCUCUGUGCCUCUGUUUAACCAGAAGAAAAGGAGUAGGCUGCCUUUGACAUCCAAUCCCUCAGAGAAUAAAUUCUGUUCCGGCAAUGAAUACAUGCCUACACACAGCUCUGCUUCAUCCAUCAUCAACACAUCAGGUAACACAGGCUAUUACCAAGAUCAAGCCCCAAGGUGUCCUGCACCUGCUGUUCAGCACAAUCAGUGCAGCAGACAAGGCAACCAGCAGUCUCAACCACAGUCUCAGUGUCCUAACAGUCAACCUGUUCCGGUACCUGUGGGGAGAAGCUUUGCACCUUCACACCCAUACCACACUGGGAAUACAGGUCUGCAGAUGGGACAGCCACCAGUGAGGCAGGACUCAAGAGCCCCUACAAACCCCAGACAGAGCAACUACAAUGCCCCUUGCACCAGUGGGAACACACAGAGCAAGCCGGUAUCCCCAAGCAGCUACUCUCAGAUGGGUCAGCAGCAGUCAGGUUACAGACAGAGACAGGACAACCCGACAACGCCUCUUCUUUACUCCCAGCAGUCUAAACCCACUCCCCCUCCAAGCAGACCAAGUCAUGGUCCUGGAACACAGAAGCAGAACACAUCCUGGAAGUUUAUAACCACCACCAACACUGGGCCACAUAAACAACUAAUGGAAGAUAGUAGAGACACAUAUCAAACUCAAAAUACCUCUCAGUCUCCGGUACAACAUGUCAAACCAGCAACUGAGAACUCUCUGAGGAUCCUGACUGCUGUCAUUGAUGGCAUUAGACACUGGAGCCAUUUCAAGGGCAGAGCCCCGUACCUAUUUGAGAUUUUCGCCACUCUUGACUCUGCAGUCACCUCCGGGUCUCAUGGAGCUAAGAACUUCCUCAUGAGAGAUGGGAAAGAGGUGGUGCAGUGUGUCUUCUAUGAAAAUGAUUACUUACCAGCUGCUACUGAUCACCAGCAUUAUAAAGCAGUAGUUAGUUUUUCAACAAUGCUGGAGGAUAUGGCUUCUCAAAUCGUAGUGUAUCUCCAGGGAGCUGGAGUUGCCCAGGCUGAUCCGAGGUCAGGUGCACCGCUGUGUGGGGAACUACGACCACAACAGGGACACCCUCACCUGUGUGUCUGUCAGGGCCGCUCUGCCCUCAGAGCAGAGGAACGCACAUGCGUCUAUCAAAGCCUCGGAUGCUGAGAUGAGGGACCUGGUGAAAUCACUCAGUGAAGUCUGAUCAGCAGCACAGAAACACAUAAGGGAGCUUCCAGCAACUAUUCAAAGGCAAAACAAUUGUCUUUGCCAAUGGGUUCUUGAGUAUCACUACAUGGCAAGUGCUCUCCACUAUUAGAAACUGUAUGUAGAUCCUUGACAUGUCUGAAGAUUCUCCAGGGAUGAGUAGUACGUGAUACCCCUAUUUUAUUGUUGAAAGAAUAUUCUGAACUGGGCAGUUCAAGUGUAUACAGUUUCACCUGCUUGCCUGUAAAGGGCGCCAUCUGUUUGUGACAAGCAACAUAUUAAGAUUGUGUGUUUAUGAAUUUCCCAAUGUUAAAUAUGUACGUGCAUCUAUAUCAUCAGAUUACAUGUAAGAUAUUUCAUAUUUUUCUUGUGUAUAUAAUACUUAACACAUAAAUGUAAUAUGUGCAAUUCUGUUUUUGGACACAAAAUAAAAAAAACUUCUCUUCCUCA